AUGAUUGACUCAUUCCAUACUAGAAAGAAUCGCAGGAAAUCUUUUGAUAACACGGAUUCCUAUUUCUCAAUCGUAUCCCACGAUCAAGACAAUUGGCUGAAUCCCGUGAAACCAUUUCAGAGAAGUUCAUUGAUAUCUUCUUUUUCUAAAGCAAAUCGACUUCGAUUCUUGAAUAAUCCACAUCACUUCUGCUUCUAUUGUAACAAAAGAUUCCCUUUUUAUGUGGAAAAGGCCCGUCUCAAUAAUUCUGAUUUUACGUAUGGACAAUUCCUCACUAUCUUGUUCAUUCACAACAAAAUAUUUUCUUCGUGUGGUGGUAAAAAAAAACAUGCUUUUUUGGAGAGAGAUACUAUUUCACCUUCGUCAAUCGAGUCACAGGUAUCUAACAUAUUCAUAUCUAACGAUUUUCCACAAAGUGGUGACGAAAGGUAUAACUUGUACAAAUCUUUCCAUUUUCCAAUUCGAUCCGAUCCAUUAGUUCGUAGAGCUAUUUACUCGAUUGCAGACAUUUCUGGAACACCUCUAAUAGAGGGACAAAGAGUAAAUUUGGAAAGAACGUAUUGUCAAACUCUUUCAGAUAUGAAUCUAUCCGAUUCAGAAGAGAAGAGCUUGCAUCAGUAUCUCAAUUUCAAUUCAAACGUGGGUUUGAUUCACACUCCAUGUUCUGAGAAAUAUUUACAGAGGAAAAAACGGAGUCUUUGCCUAAAAAAAUGCGUUGACAAAGGGCAGAUGGAUAGAACCUUUCAACGAGAUAGUGCUUUUUCAACUCUCUCAAAAUGGAAUCUAUUCCAAACAUAUAUGCCAUGGUUCUUUACUUCGACAGGGUACAAAUAUCUAAAUUUGAUAUUUUUAGAUAUUUUUUCAGACCUAUUGCGGAUACUAAGUAGCAGUCAAAAAUUUGUAUCCAUUUUUCAUGAUAUUAUGUAUGGAUUAGAUAUAUCAUGGCGAAUUCUUCAGAAAAAAUUGUGUCUUCCACAAAGGAAUCUGAUAAGUGAGAUUUCGAGUAAGUCUUUACAUAAUCUUCUUCUGUCCGAAGAAAUGAUUCAUCGAAAUAAUGAGUCAUCGUUGAUAUCGACACAUCUGAGAUCGCCAAAUGUUCGUGAGGUCCUCUAUUCAAUCCUUUUCCUUCUUCUUGUUGCUGGAUAUAUCGUUCGUACACAUCUUCUCUUUGUUUCCCGAGCCUAUAGUGAGUUACAGACAGAGUUCGAAAAGAUCAAAUCUUUGAUGAUUCCAUCAUACAUGAUUGAGUUGCGAAAACUUCUGGAUAGGUAUCCUACAUCUGAACAGAAUUCUUUCUGGUUAAAGAAUCUUUUUCUAGUUGCUCUGGAACAAUUAGGAGAUUGUCUAGAAGAAAUACGGGGUUCUGGCGGCAACAUGCUAUGGGGUGGUGAUCCCGCUUAUGGGGUCAAAUCAAUACGUUCUAAGAAGACAGAUUUGAAAAUAAACUUCAUCGAUAUCAUCGAUCUCAUAAGUAUCAUACCAAAUCCCAUCAAUCGAAUCACUUUUUCGAGAAAUACGAGACAUCUAAGUCAUACAAGUAAAGACAUCUAUUCAUUGAUAAGAAAAAGAAAAAACGUGAGCGGUGAUUGGAUUGAUGAUAAAAUAGAAUCCUGGGUCGCGAACAGUGAUUCGAUUGAUGAUAAAGAAAGAGAAUUCUUGGUUCAGUUCUCCACCUUAAGGGCAGAAAAAAGGAUUGAUCAAAUUCUAUUGAGUCUGACUCAUAGUGAUCAUUUAUCAAAGAAUGACUCUGGUUAUCAAAUGAUUGAACAACCGGGAACAAUUUACUUACGAUACUUAGUUGACAUUCAUAAAAAGUAUCUAAUGAAUUAUGAGUUCAAUACAUCCUGUUUAGCAGAAAGACGGAUAUUCCUUGCUCAUUAUCAGACAAUCACUUAUUCACAAACUUCGUGUGGGGCUAAUAGUUUUCAUUUCCCGUCUCAUGGAAAACCCUUUUCGCUCCGCUUAGCCCUAUCCCCCUCUAGGAGUAUUUUAGUGAUAGGUUCUAUAGGAACCGGACGAUCCUAUUUGGUCAAAUACCUAGCGACAAACUCCUAUGUUCCUUUCAUUACAGUAUGUCUGAACAAGUUCCUGGAUAACAAGCCGAAAGGUUUUUUUCUUGAUGAUAUCGAUAUUGAUGAUAGUGACGAUAUUGAUGCUAGUAACGAUAUUGAUCGUGAACUUGAUACGGAGCUGGAGCUUCUAACUAUGAUGAAUGCGCUAACUAUGGAUAUGAUGUCGGAAAUAGACCGAUUUUAUAUCACCCUUCAAUUCGAAUUAGCAAAAGCAAUGUCUCCUUGCAUAAUAUGGAUUCCAAACAUUCAUGAUCUUGAUGUGAAUGAGUCGAAUUACUUAGCCCUCGGUCUCUUGGUGAACUCUCUCUCCAGGGAUUGUGAAAGAUGUUCGACUAGAAAUAGUCUUGUUAUUGCUUCGACUCAUAUUCCCCAAAAAGUGGAUCCCGCUCUAAUAGCCCCGAAUAAAUUAAAUACAUGCAUUAAAAUAAGAAGGCUUCUUAUUCCACAACAACGAAAGCACUUUUUCACUCUUUCCUAUACUAGGGGAUUUCACUUGGAAAAGAAAAUGUUCCAUACUAAUGGAUUCGAGUCCAUAACCAUGGGUUCCAGUGCACGAGAUCUUGUAGCACUUACCAAUGAGGCCUUAUCAAUUAGUAUUACACAGAAGAAAUCAAUUAUAGACACUAAUACAAUUAGAUCUGCUCUUCAUAGACAAACUUGGGAUUUGCGAUCCCAGGUAAGAUCGGUUCAGGAUCAUGGGAUCCUUUUCUAUCAGAUAGGAAGGGUUGUUGCACAAAAUGUACUUAUAAGUAAUUGCCCCAUAGAUCCUAUAUCUAUCUAUAUGAAGAAGAAAUCAUGUAACGAAGGGGAUUCUUAUUUGUACAAAUGGUACUUCGAACUUGGAACGAGCAUGAAGAAAUUCACGAUACUUCUUUAUCUUUUGAGUUGUUCUGCCGGAUCGGUCGCUCAAGACCUUUGGUCUCUACCCGGACCCGAUGAAAAAAAUAGGAUCACUUCUUAUGGAUUCAUUGAGAAUGAUUCG